AUGAAGAAAUAUUAUUUUCAUCUUUUAACAAUUAUUGUUUUUUCUACGAUUAUUACAAACGCAAGGUAUACACAGGAAGAUUUCAGAGAUAAAGUUUCUGUUCUUGGUGAUCAAAUUGAAAAUGUUCAUCAUACAAAAGAAGAAGAAGAAAGAGUAUUACAUAAAAUUUAUGAACCUGGUUCUUCAAAAAAAUUAACAGAACAUUUGAUGGGUAAUCAUAAUCCAAAUGCUCCACCAGAUGGAGUAUUAGAAGUUCAUUAUGAAAUGGAAUUAGUUCAUAUUCUUGGAAUUGACGAAUUAAAACAGACAAUGACAGCAUUAGUUUAUGUAGACGAGAAAUGGAUAGAUCCUUCAUUAUCAUGGAAUCCAAAAGAAUUUGGUGGACUUAAUAAGACAUGGUUACCAAUGCAUGUCAUCUGGAUGCCUGAUAUAAUUAUUUUUAAUAUGGUAUCGGCUUCUAGGCUGCAUCAUGAAGACCUCCUUUCAAAAGUAAGAGCACCAGUAGUUGUUUAUUCCAAUGGUACUGUAGAAUGUUCUCAUCCAGCUGUUUAUACGGUAUCUUGUGAAAUUAAUAUCCGCCAUUUUCCACUUGAUGAUCAAAGAUGUGCUUUAGAGAUUGCCAGUUGGGCGUAUAGUUGGGAAAAAAUACGUCUACUACCACAUGUGGAACAUUCAUUGGAACAUUAUACACCUAAUGAAGAAUGGCAUUUACAAAAUGUUAAGGUAAAAAGAAGUGAAUAUGAACAUGAAGGAAUUUUAGUAUCACAAAUUGAAUAUGAAGUUAGUGUAAGAAGAAAACCAUUAUUUUAUAUGGUUACAUUAACAUUUCCAUCAUUUGUAAUGUGUUCCAUUAGUAUUGUUGGUCUUUUUGCUAGAUUCUCAACAACUGGAGAAAGAGAGGAAAGAUUUACAUUAGGUGUUACAGCUAUAUUAACGAUGGCUGUUUUAUCAUUGGUUGUUAGUGAAAAAGUUCCUCAUAGUUCAACAUCUGUCCCACUUUUAGUUGCAUAUUUUUUAUUUAAUAUGGUUUCUGUAUCAUUUGCUGCAAUGACAACAGGUGUUGUUAUGAAAAUUCAUAGAAAAGGAAGAUUUGGUAAAGAACCACCAAGUUGGAUAAUGAAAUUAUUUAUGUUAAAAGAAAAUCCUAAUAUACCAUUACCUGAGAUUCAAUUAAAAAGUCAAUUAUCUAAACCAAAAGAAGUUAUAAUUGAACAUGAUGGUAUUAAUUCAAGUAAGACAACUUUAAAACAUUCUGAAAGUGAUGAUAUGAAUGGUUUAAUAAAUGAUAAAUUAGAAUCUGAAUAUUAUGGUGAAAAAGAAUAUUACUCAAAAGGAUCACUUGGUACUGAUUCAGAAACAAUGUAUGGAGUAAGAUUAAGAAAAAUUAAAAAAAUAUCCACAAGACUUGAUGAUUAUCUUCAUUGUAUUCAAUGUGAUUAUUGUGAUCAUGAAUGUAGAAAUCAAAUAACAAGUGCCAAAAUAAAACAUGAAUAUAAUGGUUAUGUAAGAAUAGCAGAAAGACUAGAUUGUGUCUUCAUGUGGAUAUUUCUUAGUGCUGUAACACUUCCAGUAGUUAUACUUUUUUGGAUGAUGUAA